UUUCCUCAGUCCGGAGCGGUAGCGCGAGCUCAGUACAACGAAGAGAACCCAGCGAGUUCAUAUCGCGCGACACUAGCGAAGGGAGAGAAAGAGAAAGAAAGAGCGAGCCUGCACCUUAAAAUCAGCGCUUAUAUCCGGAGAGGGUCGCCGCAGCCUGGAGGGGGAACGAGGGAUUUGAUCUGCACCGUUAUUUUUUUCUUUUGUGUUUUCUUUAUUUCUUUUCUGGGGGAAGGAUUGUGAGCGUUUGCGUGCAAAGAUGAUGGUCGGGGAGAUGGAGGUGAAGGAGAGACCGAGGCCGAGUCCCGACUAUCUCAUGCAGUUAUUGAACGAGAAGAAGCUCAUGACGAGUUUACCGAACCUGUGCGGCAUCUUCACACACCUGGAGAGACUCUUGGACGAAGAGAUAACCAGAGUGAGGAAGGACAUGUAUAAUGACACAGUGAACGGUCUGGUGGACAAACACCCCCUGGAGUUACCAGAGCCAAUGGGACCCAUCGUACAUCUACAGGAGAAACUCUUCGUACCAGUCAAAGAGUAUCCAGAUUAUAAUUUUGUUGGGAGAAUUCUUGGCCCUCGUGGACUCACAGCAAAGCAACUGGAGGCAGAGACUGGCUGCAAGAUCAUGGUUAGAGGGAGAAGCUCCAUGAGAGACAGAAAGAAGGAGGAGCAGAACAGAGGGAAGCCAAACUGGGAGCACCUAAAUGAAGACCUGCACGUGCUGAUCACAGUGGAGGACACACAGACACGUGCCGAGAUCAAGAUGAGAAGAGCUGUCGAAGAAGUCAAGAAGCUACUGGUGCCUGCAGCGGAAGGAGAAGAUAAUCUAAAGAAGAUGCAGCUUAUGGAGCUGGCCAUUCUAAAUGGAACAUACAGAGACACCAACAUCAAAACACCCACCCUUGCGUUCUCUCUUGCAGCAGCGGCAGCUGCUGCUCAAGGCCCGCGUCUGAUCGCGGCCCCUGCGGGUCAGGUCCUCCCCCCGUCCGCCCUCAGGCCCCCCACUCCGGCAGGGACCCCCAUCAUGAACAUCAUUCGGCCCACUCAGAUGGCCACUGUGCUACCCAACGGCACCCCUACCCUGGUACCCCCGACGCCCGACGCGGGCAUUAUCUACACCACGCCCUAUGACUACCCUUAUGCCUUGGCGCCCACGUCUCUGCUGGAAUAUCCUAUCGAGCACAGCGGAGUCCUAGGUAAGCGGGCGUGGGGGCUUGGCACUUCACCCUUCGGUGCCCCGCAAGAGGGUAUUGCCGGGUUGUUUUACGGGGGCAUGUUGGAUGGGUCGUCACCCGGCCCAGUUCAGGACUCACUGAAAGGUGCAAUGGCUACUAAAGUGCGGAGACAUGAUUCACGGGUCCAUCCUUACCAAAGGAUAGUGACCACAGACAGAGCCGCCACCGGCAACUAACAAAUGACCUCUGAACUCUUCACCCAAUGAUGAGCCGCCCAAGCCUGCCUGCUGAUCAGAUUAACUGGUAAUUGCCUUUUGCUAGCCUGGUGGACGCAGAGAGAGAGGCACCUGUCCGAGCAGUGAUCCUAACAUAAACCAACAUAAAACACAACAACCCUCCAUACCAACACUUUGUGUAGCGAUAACAACGAUGAUACUCUAUUAUUUUGUUUUUGUUUUUACUGUUAUUUCUUUCUUUUUCUUUUAAAAUCUCAAAUGACUGGGUGGAUGUUAACAGUGAUAUUGUGUUACCCGAAAAUCUGCACUAAAGUUUAAAAGCAAUAAAGAAGCAUCUUCUGCUAAUUCAGCCCUUAAAUGAAUUUAUACUCAAAGCUCCAAUAUAAAAAAAAAAUGAGAAAAAAGAAAAAAAAUACAACUUGGUGACCCUAGUUUUAUCAGUCGUAACGCUAAACGGGGCAUCCAAAUAAUCUCUAUACGCUACCCCACCCAUUUAAACUGUCACCAUGAAUAAUCAGCAAAAGAAAAAGAAGGAAAGAAAUCUGCACUCACACCAACUUGUGUAUUUCCUGUCCUUCUCUGAUGUAAUCCUGUGUUUUUCAGUUGAGUUUUACUGUGCUGACACAUUCUGGGUGUGCCUGUCCAAUUGACUUAGAGCAUGGCUACAAUGACAGACUGCAAAAAGCUUGUUUUGAUUUCUUUGUUCCGUUACUUCUCCCUAUUUUGUUUCUUAUGUUUCCAUGUAUCUUAUUAGCAUUUGGCAAUGCUUGCAGGUUUAUACGUGCUGCUCAUUGCAGCAUAUGUGCCAGCUCAGUGGGGGGGCAGUAGGCAGAGUCAGGCAGGGCAAGAGUUGUUUUAGGUGAAGUGUUUUUGGAGUCUUCAAAUCUAGAAUAUUCAGGGUUGGACAGCUGGGAUAUGAACCGGAAUCAGUUUACUGAACUAUGCCAUCCCAAAAACUCUCAACACGUCCCCACAUACAGUGCCUGAACUUUCUAAAAAUCUUUCUUUGAAUGAGCUGUGAGAUA